AUGCCGGCCUGUCCGCCCAAGAAUGUGCGGGCCGACAGGACGUCCAAGCGGGACCUGAACAAGACCCGCCGCGAGAUCAUGGCGCUUACCGUCAAGCCCGCACCUUUGCUCGAUUUCCGAAAAGCUUUGCCUGUCGACGAAUGGGAGCUUCUGCCGCCCUUACCUGAGAUCAUCGAGGCCGUAAACACCUUCACCCGGCAUUACUUCCAGCUCGGAUUCGGCUCCGGUGUAAAAGCUGCCGAGAUUUUUAUGGAGCGUGCCGAGCAGUUAGCCCUUAGCAAAAUCUACGACCAACCGAGUCUCGAGUCUUGCCAGGCCUUCUAUCUCCUGAGCAUUGCCCAGCAAGGAAGCCAAGAUAAUCUGCACUCGGGACCCAUAUCACCCGUGUCGCUUUCCGCGAGCGACAUUACCACACUCCUUCCCUCCGACGAGGAGAGCUUUGCUACCGGUCGAGAACCCGAAUCCCGCGCCGCGUUAGAGGAUACUCCUCCAGCCCACGAUAAUCCUAGCCUUCUUGCCGAUCCGAAUCGUUCCCUUUUCGCGUCGCUUAUCCAAAUCCAUUAUUACUGGGGUUCUAUCGCUCGGCGCGCCGUGAACCGCAGGAAGUCUUCGCAGCAGCCAUGGGAUCCCCGCAGCGAGUUCACCACAAUGGCAACCAAGCGGAAGCCCAAGAUUUGCAUUAUUCACAUUGACUCAACGAAGGACUCCGCGAGACAGGCGUACUUUUCGGAGAUGUCACUUCAGCUUUUUUCAAACGUGCGAGAUCUCUACGCACAAAUCAAUGCUCAGUUCACGCUUAGGACUCCCGAUGAGAGCGUAGGGGCCCAAAUGGCUUCGUUUUGCGUGUACAGCUGUGGCCUCUUCUCGGCAUACCUUGUUAAAUAUCCAAGGAUCUGUCCCGAUCCUGCCAUCUCAAGGAUGGGUCCUGAGAUGCUCCAGCGCGCCAUGUCCAUCUUAGUGGAGUGCAAAGAAGUAUGGCCCCUAGCUUCUCGCUGGCUUGAGGCACUCGAAAAGUCGUCUCGCGAUCCCAAGGGGUCGUCUUUUGGGCUAGAGGGAAGCAUGGCCGAUGGGAGCCAGUCUGGGGGCGGCUCUCUUAGCCUCAUACUCGAAACUGGUCCGGCCACUCCCAAGAGCACCACCCAGGAUAUGUAUGACCCUACUGGUGCUUACUACUCUCCUGCGACGACGACUCUUGGUCCUGGCAACGACGGGUUCGAGGGCGAGCUGCAAUUUUAUAUUGACGGAGCACAGGCAUGGCCGGGUAGCUCAGCGCUCUUUGAUUAUAGUUGA